AUGAAAUCUAGUCGUUUGAGAUCGGUUUCGCUAUUAUCCGCACAAUGUCUCGCACUAGUAUCGCUUCUCUCAAUCGGGGUUAAUCUAGCUCAAGCAAGGAUCCCGCCACCACCUUCUUUGGUUUCAACAAAAUCACCAACCUCUCAAGUUCUUGUAAAUUCAAAGUCACAUAAAACGUGCCAAACACAAUACGGACAGGUAGCUCCUAGCUUUGGAAAAAUACCUCCUAGUGGUGGCAAACUAACCUUAAAAGACACGAAGCUUGACAAAGGAAGAUUAGAAGAGGAUUGGAGCACGGAGGACUUGCUGUCACCUGGAGUGGAGAGUGAAGAACGACAGAAGAAGAGUGAGGCUUUGAGAGUGCGAGAUCCGUGA